AUGAUUGUUUUAUUUGCAACAAUAAUUAUUACUAUAACAGUGUUUUCUCCAGCGGACACGGCAAACAUCUUAGCUUUGUUCCCUCACCAAGGUUUUAGUCAUAAUGUGGUUUACCAGCCAUAUAUCCAAGAACUCGCAAAACGAGGACACAACAUCACUAUUAUUAGUAACUAUCCGCUAGAACAUCCAAACAUAAAUAAUAUAUCAAUUAAAGGAUCAAUGCCUAUAUUUUACAAAAGCAAAAAAAAUAUCAGCCAUGUGGAAGGCAAUUCAGUGAACGAAAUACAAAGGUCAAUAAAUGUAAUUUGGGGAUUUUAUGAUCGCGGAAAAAUAUAUGAAGCCAUAUUUACGGUAGACGGUGUGAAGAAAUUAUUAAACAGUCCUUCUAAGUUUGAUUUACUAGUUACAGAACAUUUUAAUAACGAAUUGUUUUUGGGUUUUGCAUCAAAGCUCAACAUUCCUUUUAUACUUCUGAGCAGUUGCAACUUGUUGCCCUGGAAUCAGCAUGCUGUUGGUCAGCCAUAUUCGUUAGCCAAUAUACCUUCAACAUUGACCGGUUUAGGCACUGAAAUGAGCUUUUAUAGCAGAGUUAUAAAUACAAUUUCUCAUACUGUACAAAUAUUUGGUUAUAAGCUUUUGUGUCGGACUAGAGACGAAGCAAUCAUCAAGCGAAAUCUCGACAUUAAAGUUUCAUUGGACCAAUUAAUUUUGAAUGCUAGUUUGAUCUUGGUUAAUACUCAUUUCACAAUGUUGGAAUCUAAACCGUUGGUCCCAGCCGUUGUGGAAAUCGGUGGGAUACACAUAAUGCCAAUCAAACCUUUGCCUACAGACAUCCAGAAAUAUAUUGACGAAUCUAAGGACGGAGUCAUUUAUUUCUGCAUGGGCAGUUCAUUACGGGGUGAAAGUUUUUCGGUCGAAAAAAGACAGAAGUUCUUAAAUGUCUUCGAUAAACUUCCACAACGAAUUCUGUGGAAAUGGGAAGGAGAACUACCAGGAAAACCAUCCAAUGUAAUGAUUCGGGAAUGGAUGCCUCAACGAGAUAUUUUAGCACAUCCCAAUGUUAAACUAUUUAUAUCUCAUGGUGGUCUAUUGGGAACUACUGAAGCUGUACACGAAGGUGUCCCAAUUUUAUCAAUGCCAAUGUUUGGUGAUCAAAUAACAAACAUAAAAUCGGUUGUAAGCAGAGGAGCUGCAGAGAUGAUGAAUUACGGAAAUUUGAAUGAAGAUGAAAUUUUUAUAAAAAUAACAUCCAUGCUCACAAAUCCUAAAUACAGAAAAAAGGCUAAAGAGUUAUCUGAAGCUUUUCGCGAUCGACCUAUGUCUGCUUUGGAAACUGCAGUGUAUUGGACAGAGUAUGUUAUCCGACACAAAGGGGCACCGCUUCUUCGGUCUGCCACCAUCGGUACGCCUUGGUACCAAUACUAUUUAAUCGAUGUAUUGAUUGUAAUUUUCUUAUUUGUAACAACAAUUUUUGUAUUACUCUACUGUUUAAUUUUCAAAGUUCUUUUAAGAUUGUUGAAUAGAAAAUCUAAAGAAAAACAGUCUUAA